UAAAAACAGUUUUCAAUACAGAGCGUACAGUCUAUCGUGAUCUUUUAUGAGGGCGUACGUAAAAGUCAAUAUAUGUAUACUAAAAAUAAGAAAUUCAGCAAAAUUAUUUAAAGCAAAAUGGAUACUGUAAUAAAAUGUGCUAUUCUACUCGUCUAUCUCAUACUGUGCGCAAACGGUUUAAAAUUUGACGAUAAAGUUGAGGAAAAAUAUGUGGAGCAGCAACAACAGCAGCAAAACUUCUCUGAACCACAGAUUGAAGGCCGACAAAGUGCAAGACAUCUCCUUGAUUUCAUCGGACUUGGAACAGGAAAUAACAUUGAUCCAUAUUUGAGGAGAAUGAAUGAAAAUUGUCUUAAAGGCGAACUUUCUGAAUGCUUCAAAUCACAAGCCCUAAAUUCAGUUGAUGAGAUUUUCUACCGUGAUGCCUAUGUAUUGACACCACAUGUGAGAGUAUUACGUGUUCCCGAAACCCAAGUACGGUCACUCGAAUAUGAGCCAUACGAAUUCACAUAUGAGGCAAGAGAAAUCUCAGAGAAUUCAGACUGGAACGAACUUAUUCAAUUUGGUCUGCGUAAAAUUGAGAGAUUCAUUAAGUCUAACGUGAUAGAAAUAUCAAUACCCGAUGCAUUGACGGAGGGUGGUCGAUAUGCUCCACAGGCACGCUUUGUUGAUGAAAUAUCUGAUGAACUUGAUGUAAUUGAGGACAAAAAGGCACCACUUUUCUUCAAGCAUAAACUCAAGAAAAUGUUUAUUCCAAUGUUGAUCAUCUUGAAGCUCUUCAAGUUGAAGUUGCUUCUGUUUUUGCCAUUCAUCCUCGGAUUGACUGGUUUGAAGAAAAUUUUGGGAUUAGGUGCAUUAGUCAUUCCAGGCAUCAUCGGAUACUUGAAGCUUUGUCGACCCACAUCAGGUUUUGGAAAUCAUAUUUAUUCAGAGGGAAAUGUACCUCAAUAUUCAUCAGCUGGCGUAGGAGCUGCCAGUUAUAAUCCACUAUAUUCAAAAUAUCCAACCCAACAACAGCAUCAUCAGCCAAGCUUUGCAUCGCCGUACAAUAAUUAUUAUAGAGAUGCUUCAGAAGUCAGCUCAUCAAAUGGGGUCAGAUUCGGUGAAGAUCCACAAGACUUAGCAUACAGAAAUCAAGAAUAUAGAAAUAAUAAUAAGAACGUCUCUUAAAGACAUUAUUUAUUGUAAACAUUCAUUUUAAGUCUCUUGGUGUUCCAUAUUUUAGAAAGUGUCGUCGUAGAUUUAUUUUUAGGCAUAUUGUAGCGAUGAACUGAAUUCUUAUUUAAGUCAUGUCCAAAUAAAUUAUAAUAAAAU